AUGGAUGCAAAACUUCAUCAUAAAGAGAGAAAAAUCGUUCCUCGUUUUCGUCGUAAAAACGCGAAUAAUAAUUUAAUCGAUGCUGAUGACGCCGAAGCUCAAGCUUUGAUCGACAAAGAAUUAGAAAGUCAUUACGUUUGGACAAGUGACACAAUCAAUGAAGAUUUCAAACAUCAAUUCGAUAAUUAUCAAAGUGAAGAAAAUAAUCAACAAAUUUCAAUUAGAGAUGAAAUUUACCAAAAUCAACUUUACGAUAUAAAUGACGGAGAAAAUGAAGAUUUGUGGAAAAAGAAAGUCGAAUUAGAUGAAAAUUAUGAAGUGAAAUGGAGUGACGAUCAACAGGAAAGAGAAAUUCAAUUUAAUAUUCAUUCAAUUCAAGACAAACAACAACAAUGGUCUUUAGAUAAUCAAAAUCACGAAAGAAUUCAAUUAAAUCUUUUCGAUAAACAUCAAUUAAAAAAUAAACACGAUUUAGAAACUGAUGAUCCAAAUCAAGAACAAAAUUUCAUUCAAGGCGAAGAAUUUCGAAAUCAAAUGAAAUUCGCUAUAGAAUCUCAAUUAAACGAUUUAAACCUAUUUCCUGAAAACAAUGAAGAUCUUCGAUCGACCAUCAUCGAUCCGAGUCUUCCAAUAAUUGAUACAAAAUUAAGUUGUGAUCAAGAAGCGAUUAUUCUUGAAUGGGUCGAAGGAACAUCCGAAUAUCAACUGUCAUUACCCGUUGAGAAACUUGCUGAAGAAUAUUCACCACAAAAUGAUAAACAAGUCGAAAUUGAUUCGAAGAAUCUCAAGGCACUUCAUUGGUCAUUGGAUUUACUCAAGGAAAAUUUGAUUUUAUCUUAUUUAAUCAGUUUACCAAGUAAUGAUCGAGAACAAUUGUCGAUUCCGGAAGAUCUUCAAGUGAAAUUAUCGAUCGAUGAUGAGAAGAAUUUACAAAUUUUCUCAUUGAAUGAUUCGAUAUUUUGUCAAACAAUAAGUUUAUCAUCGAAUGAUUUGAAACAACAAUUAUUAACCAUCAUUGAUUCAAUUCAAAUGAAACAAAACUUCGGAAUCGAUGAACAAAACUCGAUUUGUCAAUGGUCGUUGAACGAUUUGAAAAUUUUCAUUCAAAAUCUUUCACCAAAUGAAAUUCUUCAUCAUCUCUAUUCACCCGAAGACGCAACAAGUAUUUCACUUGAACAAAUUCUCAUUGAAAGUGAUGAAAUCAGUGCCCGAGCAUUUCGUCGUUAUCGUUGUAAACAUAUGUCGAUAAAAAGUGAAGAAAAACAACAAUUCGAUUCAACACAAAGUUCACAUUUAGAAUUCAAAGGAAAUGAAACGAUUGCGAUUGGAGAAGAACAAAUACAGAACGAUUUCGAUGAUGAACAACAAUCAUUCAAAGAUAUAACAACAUGUGAAAUUCUGUUAAAUGAAAAUAUUUCUCAAUCUUACGAUAUCCAAGCGAGUGAAAGUUCUCCGAUUAAACUUGGUCCAUGUUUAUUUCGAUCGGAUUACGAACGUGAACCACCGAAAACUUGGUCACGUCUUCGUCGUGAAAUCGGUUACAUUUCCUACGAUGCUUCACUUGCUCAACCAACUUAUCAUCUCGAUAAAUCAUUCAAACGUUAUGUUCACAUUCCUAAACAACGAACUCAAUGUUCUUAUAACGUUUAUCGUGGUUAUCAAGAAUUCAAAGAAAAAGCUCGAUUAAAUCCUGAGAAUUAUUUUCGUCCUCAUGAUGGAACUGAUCUUCGUCCAUUACUUUCCUGGUAUUCACAAAAACAACAUUUAUUCUCAAAAACGAAUUCUACUCUAUUAAAACCACCAACAUUCAUCUGUAGAAGAUUAGUUUUACGAACGAUUUUAGCUAAUCUUUAUUGUGAUAGUGAUCCGUGGAAAUUACUUGUUGUUCGAAUCAAAGGACAAUUCUAUUUAGCCAUUGCAAAUAAAGCAAAGAGACAUGUAGAAAAUAUGACUGAAGAUGAAUAUAGUGGAUAUAAAUUCGAACAACUCUUUACAACACAACAACCGAAUACAACGAGAUUUGAAGAACAAAUUCCUCUAGACAAGCCUCAAGAACAGUUUCACACUGUUCAAUAUUGGAGGUUUGGAGAAUUUAAUAUUCUCUAUUCAAAUGAAAUCGAUGGAGAAAUUCACCAAGACAUGAUACCGAAACAGACGGAUGAGUCAGUAAAAGUUAAUUUAACACAAUCGACAGAAAACGAAGAAGAAGAAGAAGAAAGUGAAGAUGUAGUUGAAGAUGAAACUAAAGUUGCUCAAAUCAAUGAAAAUCUUGAAGUUGUUCAAACUGAUGAGAACGAAACAGUUGACAAGAAAAAACGUUUUGAAAACGAAAUCAAAGCUGGUUAUGUCGAGAUGAAAUGUACAAACAAAAAAAUCUUCUAUCGCGAUGAAAACAAAUUACAAACACUUUUCUGGUGGGCACAAAUGUGGUUAGCAAAUGUCAAUACACUCAUGAUCGGUUACAAAUCUUCUAAUGAUGGAACUAUUAAUCAAAUCGACUUAUUUUCUAUUCAAAAACUUAUUUGGAAGUUUCUUUCUCGUUACGAUCUUCAUCUUAAAUAUUGUCUUUCUUAUCUUUAUUCAUUUCUUCAAUUAAUUCAACAAACAAUUCAUAUUGAUGAUCCAAAUACAAUUCACGCAUUUGCUUAUAUUCCUCAACCUUUAGAAAUCGAUCCAUUGACUGGAGAAGCUGUGCAAGUUGAUUUACCGCAAUGUGUUCCUUUUCGUUACACACAAAUCAAACGAUCCAAUCAACGACACGCGAAUUUAAUGCCUGAAUGGUAUCUACAAGAAACUCUACGAGCAAUUCCAAUACGAGGAACUAUUAAUGAGAAAACAAUUGAACAGGAAAUGAAAAAACGAAUUGGUCAUCGAGGAAGAGCAUCGUGUACACUUAAACAAGAAGAAAAUCACGAGAAAAAACGUCCGAAGAAAAGAAAAUAG